GUUUCAAGUAAGUUUGAAAGCUAAGGAACAGCACCAUGUCUCCCUUCACCGUGUUCGUGCUCUGCCUCCAGCUCUGUCUGAUCCAGUCCGUGCUGAGCCAGCGCUGCUGCGGCUCCAGCGGGUCCAGCAUCGGCUACGGUUCCAGCUCCGGCAGCAGCUACGGUUCCAACUCCGGCAGCAGCUACGGUUCCAACUCCGGCAGCAGCUACGGUUCCAGCUCCGGCAGCGGCGGCUCGUACGGCGGGCAGGGCUGCGGUGUGGUGAGCGCGGCCGGCAACAUCGACGCGUGCGGCACCACCUGCGUCACCGGCGCCGUGCCCGUGCUCGGCGCCGUCUCCUUCGGCGGCUGCGCGCCCGCCUGCGGCUCCGUCUCCAUCUGCGGCCAGUGCGGAUGCGGAUGCAACUAAAUUAUUCACUCUCAACGAUUAUCCGAUUCAUUUGAACGUGUGUCUUGAAAUAAAGCAAUUAUAAAAAAAACA